AAACUUGAAAAGCCAAAAAAGUUGUACAAGUUGAAAAGUCUCCUUUUCUGGUUCCUUGAAACAAAAAGGAAAAGUCUCCUCCCCGCUUUGUCUUUGCGCUCACAGAUGAUCUCAUAGUUUGCAGCAUCUUGGAAAAUAAAGUUUGCCCAGAUUUUAUCUUCUUGAUUUUUUAUUCUUCAUGAAAACAAACAAGCAUUCAUUUUUGUUUCUUGUUGAAAAUUUUACUUCUGUGUUUCGUUCCUCUUCGUUUGGGUGCGUUGAUUUCUUUGGCAAAAUUGAAUUGCCUUUUAUUGGUAUGUACGAAUGCCCAAUCCAAUACGAGUAGCGAUUCUAGUGUUUCCUUGGUAAAACAACAAGUUGCCUCUUCUUGUCUGUGUCUUCUUCCCCAUGGAAUGGAAAUGGAGUUUCUCUACUGCUAUUGCCGCUGAAUGCUGAUGAUGCUACUGGGAAGGGCACUGCCUUAAUUCUUCAUUAAUGAUAUUAGUACGUUGAGUUUGAUUGAUUAUUACUAAUAUUAUUAGUAUUCGUUGUUUGUGCUCGGGAGCUCUCUCUCUCCUUUUCUUCUUUCUCCCAGAAACAGAAGAAACCGAAAUAAUACUAGAAAUAGAAUGGCGGCACUAUUCUUACAAUCCUUUGCUUUUGUUUGUAGCGGUGGCAGCGACACUGUUGAUCGCGGGGUGGGUUCAUCAUAAAUAUAAAACAUUAUCAAAGGUCAAGGUUUGAAGAUUCUUUACAAUUAGGAUUGGAUUGAGGAGCAGUGACAAAUUCGAUCAUCUUUGAUCCCAUAAACAAACACACAAAUGAAGCUCAUUGUGGGUGUGAUUGAAGCAAGAAACAUACCCCCCAUGGAUAUAAACGGCUUCAGUGAUCCGUACGUGAAGCUUCAGCUAGGAAAACAGAGGUCCAGGACCAAAGUGGUGAAGAAGACGUUGAACCCAACUUGGGGUGAGGAAUUCAGUUUCAAGGUCGAGGAUUUGAAUGAGGAGCUUCUCCUCUCUGUCUUGGACGAGGAUAAGUACUUCAAUGAUGACUUUGUGGGCCACCUUAAACUUCCCGUCUCCCGGAUUUUUGAUGCUCACAACAAGUCUCUUGGCACUGCCUGGUAUUCCCUCCAACCGAGGAAUAAGAAGUCCAAGAACAAGGAUUGUGGUGAAAUACUUCUAAAUAUCUAUUUUUCCCAAAAUAAUUCAUUCAUGGACUUGACCUCUCAUGGUGAUCAUGCAUCAUCAUCGAAGAAGCAUGCAGACAUGACUAUUGAGGAUCUUUCUAGGUCAUUUAGUGGUUCAUCAAACUCCCCUUCUCCUGUGAGACAAGAAGAUAAUGUGUCUUCCAAGGAAGAUAAAUCAGGUGCACAAAAAUCCCUAGCAGGUCGCAUUGCUCAAAUGUUUAAUAAAAAUUUGGACACUGCUCCAACUACCUCUGCUAAGAGCACUGAUUUGAUGGAGAUACCUGAAAUCUCAAGAGCUGACAUUUCUGAUGACAAGGCUGAUGAUCAGUCAUCCUCUGUUUCUUUUGAGGAAGCAAUGAAAGCAUUGGAAUCUAGAGAUCAGGGAAGUGAAAUUCCAAUCAAUUUACCUGGAGGAGUUCUUCUGGACCAAUUAUAUGUGAUUGCACCAACAGAGCUAAACUUUCUACUUUUUUCACCUGAUUCAAGUUUUCCUAGGUCAUUAGCAGAGGUGCAGGGAUCUACAGAUCCACAAUUUGGGCCUUGGAAAUUUGAGAAUGGUGGUGAGUGCUUGAAAAGAGUUUAUUCUUACAUCAGGGCUCCAACCAAAUUAAUUAAGGCUGUGAAAGCCACUGAGGAGCAAACAUAUAUAAAAGCUGAUGGGAAGGAUUUUGCUGUUCUAGCCGGUGUGAGCACUCCUGAUGUCAUGUAUGGGAGCACCUUCAGAACUGAAGUGCUGUACUGCAUUACUCCUGGGCCUGAGCUGCCAUCUGGAGAACAGUCUUCACAUUUGUUGAUUUCAUGGCGUAUGAACUUCUUGCAGAGCACCAUGAUGAAAGGCAUGAUAGAAAAUGGAGCCCGACAAGGUCUAAAGGAAAGCUUUGAUCAGUUUGCUACUUUACUAGCUCAGACUAUUAAGCCAGUUGAUUCAAAGGACAUUGGCUUAAACAAAGAACAUCUUUUGGGAUCAUUGCAGGCUGAACCCCAGUCAGAUUGGAAGUUGGCCGUCCAGUAUUUCGCUAGUUUUACUCUGGCUUCCACUGUUUUUAUGAGCAUCUAUGUGAUGGUCCAUAUCUGGCUAGCUGCACCUAGUACAAUUCAAGGACUAGAGUUUGUUGGGCUUGACUUGCCCGAUUCAAUUGGUGAAUUCAUUGUGUGUGGUGUCCUGGUUCUUCAAGGUGAAAGGGUACUCCAGUUAUUUUCACGCUUCAUGCAGGCCAGAGCGCAAAAGGGGAGUGAUCAUGGAGUGAAAGCUCAAGGGAAUGGAUGGUUACUAACGGUUGCAUUGCUUGAGGGAAGUAAUUUAGCUGCUGUAGAUUCAAGUGGGUUCUGUGAUCCAUAUGUGGUGUUCACUUGCAAUGGAAAAACUAGAACCAGCUCAAUCAAGUUCCAGAAAUCUGGCCCUCAGUGGAAUGAAAUAUUUGAAUUUGAUGCAAUGGAUGAACCUCCUUCUGUACUGGAUGUAGAAGUUUAUGAUUUUGAUGGACCUUUUGAUGAAGCUACAUCUCUGGGACAUGCUGAGAUUAAUUUUGUAAAAUCUAAUAUAUCAGAUCUAGCUGAUGUGUGGGUUCCUCUACAAGGAAAGUUGGCACAGGCAUGUCAGUCUAAGCUGCACUUGAGAAUUUUUUUGGACAAUACAAGAGGUGGAAAUGUGGUCAAAGAGUACUUAAGUAAGAUGGAGAAAGAAGUGGGGAAGAAGAUAAAUGUGAGGUCUCCUCAAACGAAUUCAGCCUUUCAGAAACUCUUUGGGCUUCCACCAGAGGAAUUUCUCAUCAAUGACUUUACCUGUCACUUGAAACGGAAAAUGCCUCUGCAGGGUCGCCUGUUUCUGUCAGCAAGAAUAAUUGGGUUUCAUGCCAAUUUAUUUGGCCACAAGACAAAAUUCUUCUUCCUUUGGGAAGAUAUUGAGGAUAUUCAAGUUUUAACUCCUACUCUGGCGUCAAUGGGCAGUCCAAUUAUUGUUAUGACUCUCCGUCUAGGAAGAGGGAUGGACACUAGACAUGGUGCAAAGACACAAGAUGAGGAAGGCAGGCUGAAGUUCCAUUUCCAUUCUUUUGUAUCUUUCAAUGUAGCUCAUCGAACAAUUAUGGCUCUGUGGAAAGCUAGAUCCUUGAGCCCAGAGCAGAAAGUGCAAAUAGUUGAAGAAGAGUCUGAAGCCAAAAGCCUCCAAACUGAAGAGAGUGGAUCCUUCUUAGGCCUUGAGGAUGUCAGUAUGUCUGAGGUUUAUUCAUCUGCUCUUCCUGUUCCAACUAGUUUCUUCAUGGAGUUAUUCAAUGGCGGUGAAUUGGACCGUAAAGCUAUGGAGAGAGCCGGCUGUCUUAACUAUUCUUGUAGUCCAUGGGAGUCAGAAAGGGCUGAUGUAUAUGAGAGGCAAAUAUAUUACAGGUUUGAUAAGCGUGUAUCCCGCUAUAGAGGAGAGGUGACAAGUACUCAGCAGAAAUCCCCACUUUCCGAUAAAAAUGGUUGGCUUAUUGAAGAAGUUAUGACUCUCCAUGGUGUUCCACUUGGGGACUAUUUCAAUCUUCACCUAAGAUACCAAAUUGAGGAUUUACCCUCAAGAUCAAAGGGAUGUCAGGUGCGAGUGUUUUUUGGAAUUGCAUGGUUGAAAAGCACUAAGCAUCAGAAAAGGAUUGCCAAAAACAUCCUCUUAAAUCUGGAAGAUCGCUUGAAGGUGACAUUAGGCAUCGUUGAGAAGGAAUAUAUUUCACGAUAGUGCAUGACCGGCAUUGCUGAUAUUGUAGAGCUGAUUGGCAGAUAAUCUUC